CCAUUCUCUCGAUGGUAUACCAGCGGUGAGGGUAAUUACCGUAUGGUACGGGCCGUGAUCUCCGCCCGCGCUUAAUUCCGUCCUUCAUCGAUUCCAAUCCUGAUUCCAGACUCAAGAUCGUGUCAAUUUCUUUGCCAUCUCUCCCACCGCGACCGGUCCGAUCUUCUCCUCUUCCUCUCGUGGACCCGUUCUUUCGCCUACCUUCCUUGCCCUCGGGCUCAUGCUUCGACCGUGGCUUCGGCAGUGCCCGCGAGCAACCCGCUCGCUCGCCUGCCCGCAAUGCCAUCUUCCCCGGCCGCAGACUGCCAGGCGCGCCCUUCGGCCCCUUCCUGCCUUGUCCCUGUCGCAUCCCAUUCGAUCCCUCCAAACUGCGACGACCGACUCGCCGGACCGCAUUCCCCUGCGAAAGCAGCUGAAACAGGACGCCAAGGCCGUCAAGGCGCGCAAGCGACAGACGAGAGAGAAUGAGGAGGCCUCCCGACAGAAGUGGGAGUUGACCGUGGGCAUUGAGAUCCACGCGCAGUUGAACACCGAGUCCAAAUUAUUUUCGCGAGCGUCUACAUCAUCUACGGAUCUUCCCAAUUCAAACGUUGCGCUGUUCGAUCUAGCAUUCCCGGGGUCGCAACCGGAGUUUCAAAUCGCAACGCUCCUCCCCGCCCUCCGCGCCGCCCUUGCUUUGAACUGCGAGAUACAGCCAGUCAGCAAAUUCGACCGCAAGCAUUACUUCUACCAGGACCAGCCGGCCGGGUACCAGAUCACCCAAUACUACGGUAAUCUAUACCCCUCUCUCUCUCUCUCUCAGCCGAUUAGUGCUCUAACCAGAGUAGAGCCUUUUGCGAAGAAUGGCUAUGUAGACCUGUUCCGCCACGACGGCAUUGCGCCUGAGGACGGCGACACGGUUCGCAUCGGCAUCAAGCAGGUCCAAAUGGAACAGGAUACCGCCAAAUCGCAAGAAUACCCGCCCUCGACGCAACUCCUCGACUUCAACCGUGUCUCCCAUCCCCUCGUCGAGAUCAUCACUAUGCCGCAGAUCCAUACUCCCGCCACCGCGGCGGCCUGUGUUCGGAAAAUCCAGUCCAUCUUGCAGUCAUGUAAUGCGGUGACAACUGGCAUGGAGCUGGGAGGUCUGCGGGCUGACGUCAACGUCUCCAUCCGCCAGCGAGGUGACACAGCCGGCACGCAUCAGUACGGUGGCAUCGGCGGACUCGGACAACGCACGGAGAUCAAGAACUUGAGCAGUUUCAAGGCGGUCGAGGAUGCCAUCAUUGCGGAGAAGAACCGGCAGAUUGCCGUCCUUGAGAGUGGCGGGGUGGUAGAAGGUGAAACCCGCGGCUGGACGAUUGGAAGCACCGAAACGCGCAAACUACGAGGCAAAGAGGGGGAGGUCGACUAUCGCUAUAUGCCCGACCCGGAUCUUCCGCCCCUAUACAUCGGCGCCGACCUCGUGGCAGCGCUUCAGACCAAUCUCCCAACGUCCUCGGAUGCGCUUAUUGAACUACUGGCCGGGCCGGAGUAUGGGCUGCCCAUCGAGGACGCGAAGCCGUUGGUGGAACUAGAAGACGGCGCCCGGUUGGAGUACUAUCAGGAAGUCGUGGACCUCCUGCGAGCGCUGCAGUCGGAUCAGGACCCCAAGGCACAGAAAGGACUGGCGCGGGUAGCCGGCAACUGGGUUCUUCAUGAACUUGGGGGGCUAUGGGCCAAAGCGGAGGAAGCGUGGGAUGCGGCGCGGGUGCCUGCCCCGAGCCUGGCCGCGCUGAUCGACCAGCUGCAGCGGAAGCACAUCACAGGGCCGACGGCGAAGCAGGUACUCGCCAUGGUGUUCGCGGGGGAUGAGCGGCCGAUCCCCCAGCUGCUGGAGGAGGAGAACCUGCUGCUGCGGCCACUGUCGCGCGAGGAGUAUGUAGCGCUGGCGGAGGCAGCAAUCAACUUGAACCCCGCCAUGGUAGAACAGAUCCGACAAAAGAACCAACUGGGCAAGCUGGGCUGGUUUGUCGGGCAGAUGAUGCGCAUGGGCGAGAAGGGACGAGUGGAAGCGCCGAGAGCAGAUGCGAUUCUGCGGGAGUUGAUCUUGGAUCAGCGAUAAUGUAUACCUGUAUAAGUACAUAGAUAAAGCAAUAGAUAGCAACAAGCAUG